AUGGACGCUGCGGCUGGUCAACUGGAAGAGUAUGAAAAGCAGCUAGCUGACAUUGAGGCGCUGCUGGAAGCCACUCCUGAAGAUGAGUCGUUGCUCUCAGUGAAGAAGGACUUGGUGGAAUUGGUGGAGCUGACUCGUGGCGAGCUGAAGAAUUCCCCCGUUGCCACUGAGGCUGCCAGUGCCGAACAAGAAGAACAACAACAAGACACUGCAGAUGGGGCUCAGAAUGACGGGUAUGCUGCUGUCGCUGCGGCUGCUUUACCAGUCGCAGAAAUCGCUGGAGACACCGAAGGCUUUGCGGUUGGCACUACCGAGACGGCUGCUGCCGAACGUCCCAAGAAAAAGUCGAAAACAGUAAAAGAAUUCGAGAUUCCACAGCGACUGCUGCCCGCCGAAACCGACACGGAAACUGAAGCCAACAAGAAGAAACGCGCCAUCAAGGCACUCAAGCGGACACAUCGAUCUCAAGUCAAAGAGCAAGAGUCCAACAAGAAACAAAAGUCAUGGCAGAGUUUUCAAAAAAAGAAAAAAGUGGGAGGGACGAGUAUUUUCUCCACGGGUGAUGGGGAAUCCAAAAUUGGUGUCGUCACGGGUCGAAAGAAAACAUCCUUCAAGGAGAGAACAAGACACAAAAAGUAAUUGCCAAUAAUAAACAGCCAACAAUUUGCUCUGGUCGAGGACAGAAUGGCAUGGCAACAAUGCAAUCUUCCGGUUGGGGUGGACUAUACUUUGCCGAGCUUAGGGCACUUGGACGGACGUCUAGCUGGAUCCCAGUCCAAUGAUAGUAUCGCAUAAAAAACAAAUCUUGUCUCUGGAAGCGCUACUGAAGUAGCUAGCUACCGGAGUGCCGUCGACUGUGAGACGGUUUCUAUUUUAGGACACCUUCGAAUC